AUGCCUAAGAACCCAAAGCUUGAAUAUGAUGCAAAGCAGCCCGCAUUUCUCCAGAAACUCCGGGGCCAGCAUGGAGACAACACCGGUCGCCUGGAGCGGCCUGCCUUAAGACCGACCAGACUCAAGGUCAAUAAGGAUGACGACGACGAUGAGCCUACCUACAUUGACGAAGAAAGUAACGAAGUGAUCUCCAAGGAGGAAUACAAGGUACUGGCUGGUGAAAACAGACCGAAAGGAGAGGACGAGGCCGGAGACUCAGCGAAGGACAACUCCACUGGCGAUCAAGACAAAUCCCAAGCAGUGCUUUCCACCAGCAAACAGAACAAUCUUACCGAAGUUGGGGGCCAGCGGAAACGAAAACAGGCCAAAGUGGUGGGUGAGGACAAGGCCGAAGUUGAAGAAGUCCAGCCGAAGGCAACUUCGAAAAAGUCCAAGAAGUCCAAGAAGAUCAAGCUCUCGUUCGACGAGGAAUAA